AUGAAGCAUUUUCAAGUUCUAUCAAUAUUAUGGUUCAUAAUAACAAUAGUUUCAUCAAUGACUAUAUCACCACAUGGUGGUUAUCUAUUUAUUGAUGAAGGAACAGAUUUUUAUAUUGAAUGUAUUGGUUAUAAUCCAAAAUGGAUUAUAGCGAAACGAUUGACAUCUGAUACAGCUCGAAUUUCGACACAAAUUAUUCAACUUAAUCGUAAAUCUAUUUUAACUAUUCAAGGAAUGGAUGUAUCACUUGCUGGUCCAUAUUUAUGUCAAACUAACCAAUCUGUAUCAACAAUUAUUCUUCAAUUGACAAAACGUAAAUUAGAUAUGAUGAAACAAAUUCGUUUUAUGGGUACGAAUACAAAUCAAACCGUUACAUAUGGUAAUGAUGUUCGAUUGAAUUGUUUUGCUCAAUAUUAUAGUGAAAAAGCAAUGGAUUCACCUUAUUUACCGAAAAUUCUUUGGUUUUUUGAACGACGACAAUUGCAUAAUAAUGAAAAUAAAUAUAUUCUUGGUAUAGAUAGUUUAAUUAUUCGAAAUUUUAAUUAUUAUGAUCAAGGUGUUUAUUAUUGUCGAGCUUUUAUAACAUUAAAAAAUAAACUUUUAAGUAAAAUUUAUCCUAUUUUUGUACAAUUACAAAAUUUGUCAUCUAUUAUCAAUGAUACAUCAUUAUCAUCAAUUGAAAAUAAACAUUGUGAUGGUUUUAGUGAAACAAUUAUAACAAAUAAUACUAUAUCGUAUUGUAAUGUAGAUGGUUAUAUAUCAAAUUAUACAUGUCCAAUAAAUCAAAUUUGGAAUGAAGAUUAUUCACAAUGUUCAUCACCAAUGGGUAUGCGCGGUAAUAUUUUUUUCUAUGAAAGUUAUCUAAAUUCGAUCAAUGGUGUUCCGAGGCCGUCAAGAUUGGAAGGGUUACUCCUCCGUUCGGAACAUCCUUGA